CAAUUCUGAUUCAAAUAAUUAAAAACUUUGUGCCUCAUUAUGCAUCAUAACUGACCCUACUAAUCUUUCGUAAACAAUUGAUGGCCUUAUGACGCCUGAAGAACCAUUUUGGAAACACCAAAUUCAUCAGAUGAUACACGGCAUUGCCUUGAAGAAUGUUAAACCUUACAUUUGUAGUAUAUUAAUCACUACUGGUGAAAAUUAUUCUUUGCUAGUACUUACAUACUAUUAACUCUUUAUUAGUGUGAACAAUCUCUCAAAGGAGGUAUGAUACUACUGAUGUGUAGAUAAGGAACAAGGAAUCUCAUGACAAGUCUGAAUGCUACUUUGUUUUCUAACUGGACAAAUAAAAAGUUUUCCUUGUCCAGUUCACAUGUCGGAAUGUGAAAAUUAGUUGACAAUGCCUUAUGGGUGAAGAAUAAUCGUUGAAUUGAGACAUAAUAUUUUAGUAUUUAAAAGUUAGCUUUCAUGGUAUACUUUUUUUUCUUAUUUAAUUUGUCGAUUCUCUAUGCAUGGAAACUAACAAGGCAGCUUCCCACCACCACCAAGAACUACCUCUUGGAUUCCUUGUUUUAUUGAAAAAAAUUAGUUAACAUUGUCUGUGCUCUCAUUAGAGCUGAUUUUGCUAUCCCAAGAGAAUGAAAUUUCAAUUAGAAGUAUUUGAGAAUUGAUAUGUAAGUGUCCUUGGUUGACGAUGAUUGAUUAGUGAUAGAAAGUGAAGUCCUGCGCAAUAGCUAUUGUUGAAUUUGGAAGGUAGAAUAUGUUCCUGGCAUAACCAACAAUGUUCUUUUUUACUUUUAAUAUUUUUUUAAAGAAGUGAUAUUCCAAAGUAGUGCAUCUUGAACUAUAUAAAUUCUAAGGCCUCUUUGAAAUUCCGAGUCAUUCUUCAAGGUUUGUCAUCACAGGUUCUUCCAAUAUGGCAACUAGUAAACAGCUUGCUAAGAAAUACGAAGCAGAUUGUCAAUACCUUCACCACUUAUUUUCUGGUUACUCUGCAUCUAGGGAUGAGGCAAGGGCAGCAGUGGAGAUCUUCACGCACAGAAACACAGAAGAGCUAAAACUCAUUUGCCAGGCCUAUCGCGCUCUUUAUAGUUGUGAUCUCUUUCACCUCCUCACCAGACAUAACACUACUUUUGCAAGGGUGGCCUAUCUUCGCGCUAGUGAGCCUUCUAAUCUGGAUGCGGAGAUAACUAGGGAAGCACUCUUUGGUACGGCUUUGAACACCGAUGUGCUCAUAGAGAUCAUUUGCACUCGUUCUUCAUCGGAACUUGUCUCCACCAAGCAAGCCUACCAAGCUAGAUACAACUCCAAUCUCGAGCGUGAUGUUUCAUUUAAAAUUAACGGUAACAUAAAGGAGGUUCUUUUGGCAGCCUUAAACUCGAACAAAUAUAAUGGAGGAAGAGUUGACACAAGUAUGGCUAUGUGUGAUGCAAAGACACUUUACGAGGCGAUUGAAAGCGGAAAAUACAUUGAUCAGAGGUGCAUCAUUUUGGUGCUGAGUCAGAGAAGCACUGAUCAAAUUAAAGCAAUUCUUUCCUCAUACAAGCAACUCUACGGCCGCGAAUUCACAAAGUUUCUGAAGAAAGAGAAAUGUGGGGAGUUUGGCCAGCUUCUUCGCGGAGUGAUCCAAUGCAUUCAGUUUCCUGAGAAGCACUUUGCGAAGCAACUUCGCAAGAGAUUGAAAGCCGGAGAUGCGCGAGAGGUUCUGAUUCGGACCGUCGUGACGAGAUCAGAAAUUGAUGUCAGGAACAUAAACAGAGUUUUCACUGCAAAAACUGGAUGGACGCUAGAAAGUGUCAUUAGGAAUGAGUUCAGCAACAGCAGCUCUUAUAAUGACAAAUUGUAUUACUCUGUUGGUGAUUUCCUUGUUGCACUCCUCGAACAGUCAUGCUGAUGUUAUGCUUCUAUUUACUUGGCUAUUUGCUGCUUUCAAUGCAGAUACAAUAUCUUAAUGAAUAAGAAACUGAUUAUAAAGAGGAGAUUUGCUGUCA